GGGUACGUAAGCCUCGUUGUGCAUGGACAGUACGCAAAGGUACGCGAUCGGAUGGAUGUUCACGACUUCUAGGAUAUCACAAGAUCAAAAUCCAUGCAGGAAAUAGUUUGCCCCUUGCUCGUGGGUACGGAGUUGUUUCUUGUCCAAGAAUAUGCCCUACCUUAUGUUCUAAACAAACCUUUUACAAGCAAGCGAGCUCAACCCGAAUUCAAGGGCGCCAUUCAUAGUUCGAGCUUUCGAGAGGCUAGCAUUCAGCCCUAAUCAUCUGCAAGCCAUGCGCUCAAGGUUCGCACUCGCAGGCCUAGCCCCUUGUGAGGGAUUCACAAAAACAAAAUGGAAAAAGAGAUAGAUGAUGAAGAAAAAAAAAUGAAAAACAAGACAGAAAUUAGGAUCAAUAACCUAGACUUGGUUUCAGAAACAUUGUUUUCACCACCAACUCCCUUCUAACACGCGCCUUGACCACCACCAUCGUGAGGUUUCAACCCAAUCCCAUCUCUUCAGUAAAGUCUGAUCUGAGUAAAAAAUCCCUUUUGUUUCCUUUCCGAGGAGACCCGGGGGUUAAUAAAAACAAUACGCCAAGCCCGCGUGUCAGGAUGCGAAUCACGCGUGCACUCGCCCCUCUGGGGCUGCUGCCACUCCCUGCCGCCGCCGCCGCAGUCGUAGGGAUCCCCCUGCAAGCAAUCGACACUACCGCAACCGCCUCAUCGGCAAUGGAACCCCGUCAGGCCGGAGACGGGAGUGGCGGCAGCUUAAAGCAGUGCCGCGACGUGUCCCUCGUGCAGUCUCGUCCUGGACUGUCCCUCAACGACACCGUAUCCGCGACCUGCCACGUCGGAACGGCCGAGUACGUCAACACGCUGAACCUGAACGAGUGUCUGGGCGUGGACCCGGCGACGCUGGAGCUGGGGUGGGGACGGGCCGGCCAGCUUAGCAGCUUCUGCUGGGGGUGCGAGCUGUCGGAGCUCGAGACGGGCGGACCCGACGGGCACCUGGCCGUCGGCAGGGUCGUGUUCAGCUGCGUGUGCUACGACUACGGCCAGGAGCGGGCCACCUCGGUGCGGCUCGACGACGGCGGCAUAGAGAGUAAAGACGGCGUGCUGGCCUGUCGGAACGGCAAGCGCGCAACGGCAAUCCGCAUGAACCCGGACGCGCCGGUGCGCACGGAGCCUGGGAGGUGCAACCUCGGGCUCGGGGACAUGGGGUACAUGGACUGCAUUCCGAAGUUGUACGACGGCAAGAUCGUCCCCGUUGGCGAACGCAACAGGUACGGCAGCGUGUUCAACGACUGGCGAGGUGAUUAAACUUCGCAAACGGGGUCAAUUAGCAACAAAAGAUGUCUGACAAAGGUGCCGGAAAGUCUUCGUCAUGGCGCUGCUGCCCAGUAUUUCAGGGGGGAGGAAGGAG